GACGAACGUCAAUCAUGUCCCUCGAUAGAUUCUAAUUUCGAGGAAGCCAAGGUUACACAUUUUCCCUUAGCACCGGUCAGACCAAGCUGAUUCAAUUCUCGUUACUUCGAAGAAAACGGACUCGCUAAUUAAUUGGCCGGGCCGGCGUCACAGCGCGGUGACCUCUAGGAUUAGAAUCUCGGAGCCAAUCCCCAAAUUCCUUUCUUCGAUCUCAAUAGUUUUGGGUUCAGAAUUCCUGUCCACGUAUUGAACCCAAAACUAUUGAGAUCGAGAACUGGAUUACGAUUGAGCUGUGAAUGCGAUCUAUCAGGGGGGAGCUGCGAUGGAUCGCAUCAGAGAAUUGCAAUUGGGGACGGUGGAUUGUUUGCCUGUCAAAUUGAUCUCUUCUCCACGAGCAUAUGCUUACGAGGGAACUCACUGUGCUGAAAAUGGGUGAGCAUCUUUUCAUUCACGGGGUCCCACCAGUGGAUGCCGAUGGUAGGCAUCCACUUGGCCAGCUCUGGUACGAUCUGCACUCGGACUUCGAGCGCACUUCGCAACGACCGUCUCCCCUCUCGCCCUCCAGGCGUCAUCUUAAGCAGCAGCUGCAGCAGCAGAAGCAGUAAUGUCCACGGGCUCACUUGCAAUCUGCCGAACCGGCGCAAGGCACGAAACGUGAAGGAAGAUGCUCGAGGCCCAUGGGCAAACAGGACGACACAGAAUCCCAGAAUCAGUCCCAGAAACGCACCCGAUUUAGAACGAACAAAACCCCAAACCCGAGCGGCUGACGACACCCUCUGUCCGCAUGCGACAAUCCUCACAGCCCCUUCGCCGAUUCGAAGGGCGAUGGUUCGAUCGAACCUCGGAAAAAUUCUCCAAACUGGUGAGAAUCAAAAUCGACUCACAAAACGCUCACGGCAAACUCCAUCAAAUUCCAUCAACCUCCAUCUCCAAUCAACCGCGAGCGAACGAGACAUACGAUCGAAGAAUAGACUCGCACGCACCGAAGAGAUUUGGUGUUCGCUCCAUUAGGGUUAGGGUUGUACUUUAGGUGUCGGAAAAGCAACUCGCGGAUUCGAAGCUCGGGGAAGAAGAAGAAGAGAGGGGCAGGCACAAGCUUUUCCUUUCCUGCUCUUGAAGGAAGGGAAGGGAAAAAGGGAACCCUCAAACUUCUCGGAGCUCUUCCAUUUGUCAAAUAAAAGCUCCGGCCAAAAAAGUGAGUCGGAGCUCGCGCUCUAGGGUUCUAGACGGGUUUCCGAGAGUUGCAUCGUAAUCGGUUGCUGACAGACAGACAGACAGACUGACAGUGGUGGGGUUUAAGCUACAGACGCCAGAGUUUGCUUGAAUGAAUGAAUGAUCGACCAUCCAUUCAUCGACCACGUCGUGCGAAGGAAACGUGGACUCUCGACGGAGAGAGCGACGACAUCGAGUAGUUUUCGAUAGCGGAGAGUUCGGAUUUGCUCUGAGAGCCGAGAGAUUGUGAGUGAGUAGAAGUGCAGCCCCGCAGCUGCUGCUGAGUUCGCUGACGGAGUGGGAGGGAAGCAUUCGGGUGUCGUCGGUUUUCUGUGCGAGGAUUGGGAUUUCGAGAGUUUGGGUUUUGCGGGGUUUGAAAAAUGCCGCUGGGGCAAAGGCAAGGGGAUAAUGGCGAGGCUAGAUAUUGUGGCGCGGAAGCCGCCUUUUCCAGUGAUAUACAACAAUCCUUGUCCUUUGCGUUGGGCGGUUCUUUCGACUUUAUCGUCGCCCCGCUGACUGAUCCUGUGUACAGGCCCAGCAAAGCCCAGCAAGACGCGGAAGGCUCUGCCAUCGUGCCACCAUUUUCGGGGUCGGAUUUGGUUCUCAGCCCUUCACAAUGGAACAGUCACAUUGUCGGCAAAAUUAGUACUUGGCUGGACCUGGACUCCCCUGAUGCAUUAAUGAGGUCAGACUCCGAGACCACAUUAAAACAAGAAGCCGGAUGGGCAUCGCAUCUUUCAUUGCAGGCUUGCCUCUUACCGACUCCCAGACCCUUGAGUUGCGGAAAUUAUGCCCGAUGUGUCAACCAGGUUCUGCAAGGACUUUCAAACAUGCAGCUAUGGUUGCGAAUACCUCUCGUCAGCCCGGCAAUGGAAGCCGCACAAGGAACCGAGAAUGAGGAUUUGCUUUUCCUGGAAAGAGAUGAAAUCACAGGGCGGUUCAAGAAUGACACAUGGGAGUGGUGGAAUAUGUUCCGCACGCUUUGUGAGCAUCAUAGUCAGCUGUCCGUUGCCCUCGAUAUUACAGCUGAACUACCAGCGCCCAAUGCAAUCAAGAGGUGGAUAGGAGAGCCUCUAAGGGCUGCAAUUCUCCACACCAGCGCUUUUUUGACAAAUAAGCGUGGAUACCCUUGUCUCUCUAAGCAACACCAAAAUCUUAUAACAACGCUAUUUACUCACAAUGUGCAAAUAGUCAUUUCAGGCGAUUGCCUGCAUCAAGUUGACGAGCCCCCACCACCUUCGACGGACGCCAACUCAAAUGGUGCAGAAGAUGUUUAUCACGCCAAGCACCCUUUAAAAUCCUAUUUGGAGUACGUGUCGCAUCUGUACCGGAAGAUGGACCCGCCAACUGAGCAAGAACGUUUUGAAAUGGGCUACAGAGACUUUUUACAAGCCCCUCUCCAGCCCUUAAUGGACAAUCUAGAAGCUCAAACUUACGAGACAUUUGAAAAGGACUCUACCAAGUACAGUCAGUAUCAAAAGGCGGUACGCGCAGCAUUACUUGAUCGAGUUCCCGAUAGAAAGGUCGCCACAACCACAACGGUGCUUAUGGUGGUCGGAGCUGGCCGUGGGCCACUUGUACGAGCUUCUUUGCAGGCUGCUGAAGAAACAGGCAGGAAGUUACGCGUAUACGCUGUUGAAAAGAAUCCAAACGCUGUCGUCACGUUACAUAGCCUCAUCAAAUUGGAGGGUUGGGAGGAUGUUGUAACUGUAAUAUCUUGCGACAUGCGUCGGUGGAAUGCACCUGAGCAAGCCGAUAUUCUGGUUAGUGAGCUCUUGGGCUCGUUUGGAGAUAACGAGCUCUCCCCGGAGUGUCUUGACGGAGCACAGAGAUUUUUGAAGAAGGAUGGUAUUUCGAUCCCAAGCUCAUACACGAGCUUCAUCGGGCCAAUCACUGCUUCGAAACUUCACAAUGAUGUCAAGUCAUAUGCUGAUUUGGCACAUUUCGAGACAGCAUAUGUAGUGAAGUUUCAUAGUGUGGCUCGGCUGGCGCCUCCUCAGCCAGUCUUCACUUUCGAUCAUCCUAACCUUGAAACUUUGAUGGAUAAUAAACGCUAUGUGAAGUUGAAGUUUGAACUAUCCCCCGACACUGGAUCGGCUUUGGUCCACGGAUUCGGAGGUUAUUUCGAUGCUGUCCUGUACAAAGAUGUUCAUCUUGGAAUCGAACCAUCAACAGCAACACCCAACAUGUUCAGCUGGUUUGCAAUUUUUUUCCCACUACGCAAACCAAUCUACAUUCCAGCCGGUUCGGUUUUGGAACUCCAUUUUUGGCGAUGCGUUGGACCAACGAAGGUAUGGUACGAAUGGGCUGUGACGGCGCCUUCGGUAUCUCCGGUUCACAACGUGAAUGGGCGAUCGUAUUGGGUUGGCCUAUAAGCUGCUCUUUGCAAUGUAUGACAACGAUGUUUGGAAAGGAAUAGCAGUGCUGAUCAUUUUUUGUCUGCCACUUCAUGAGCCGUCCAUGGUAGCAGCACGAGUGUAUCUGUCAUAUUAUGAAAAGUGAUGUUUUGUGAGAUCAUUCCUUGUCUUCUAUCGAUUUAAUAUCUGAAGUAAAUCUUUUGUCAUGCU